AUGGCUGGAUCAAAAGAGCAAUUUCCUGAUGUAAAGGGUGGCGGUAGCUUGAUAUUGGCAUGGCAAAUCAAGAACAAGCAUGUGCUAGUCGUCGGCGGUGGUGAGGUCGCCGCAGGUCGCAUCCUGAACGUCCUCGAUGCCGAUGCCCUCGUGACCGUCAUCUGUCCAUACUCUGGCUUGAACCCCGAAGUACGGCAUAGAGUUGAGCAGAAACAAGUACAGCAUAUCGACAGACUCUUCGAACCCGUCGACCUCGAGGCCCUUCCACAUCCCUCCGGCGAUGCAGAAAGGACAGGUCCACCAGACAUGGUUCUCGUAGCCAUUGACGACCCAGACGCCUCGUCACAAAUAUGGAAGCUCUGCAAGAAAUUACGCAUCGCCGCCAACAUUGCUGAUGUGCCGCCUGAGUGCGACUUUUACUUCGGUUCCGUGCAUAGAGACGGACCUCUACAAAUUAUGGUGUCGACCAACGGCAAAGGGCCGAGACUGGCAGCUAGCAUACGGAAAUUCAUUGCGGCUUCUUUACCACAGGAUGUGGGCAACGCCAUCGAGAGAAUAGGAAGGUUGAGGAUGAAGUUGCGAGAGAUUGCACCAGAAACGUCGGAGGGACCCAAAAGGAUGAAGUGGAUGAGCAAAGUGAGCGAUAAGCUGACUUGGAACGAGAUGUGCGAUCUGACUGAUGAGGAUAUGGACAAUAUCCUAAAAUACUACAACGGUGGGAAAGUGCCGGAAGUUGAUGUGAUAAAGGGCAUGCGUGGUGGGAAGGCACCUGAAGACCUUGAUGUGUUUGACGGGUCAUUCGGCUUCAGCAUAGGUCUUUGA